AUGGCGGACGCCACCACGGUUACGGGCUAUGACCCGACCUCACUUCGGGUCGUGACGAUGGAGACCACCUCCUCGGACCAAGCCAUGCCCUCGGAGCACGAGUAUUUAGCCGACAUGGUGAAACUCUGGCAAGGAAGCAAUCCCAGGCCGCGGCUCCGCCCAAAGGCCAAGGGUCGCGCGCCGCCACCCUGCCACAGGGAAAUAUCGGAAACCUACACCUCCAUCGACCGCGAAGCCACCUGCACCCCCGUCACCGAGAACGCGAGCGGCUUCCCAACCCAAGCCUGGAUCACGUCUCCAGACCCCGGCGAACCCACCGCCGACCACCUCAGUGCACUACCCGCCGCUUGUCGUGGCGCCACCUCAGAGCUCUCCGCUCUACGAAAACAGAACGCUCUUCUUCAGCGGCAAAUCGCAGCUCUCACUAAGCAGGUGGCCACUUUCCAACUGCAACAACAGAAACCGGCAGGACCCCCCACUGCCGCUGCAGUUAAACCCGUCGACCAUCAGCCUAGCCCUCGCGCUACGCCCACUCCGCGUACUCCCCCCGCUCCCCCGGCUUCGUCCACGGCGCCGGCUGCUCAAUCAGUUACGGGGGCACCUCAGAGCCCUCUUUCUAUAGACCACACCCUGCCGCUCGAGGACCGUAUUACUCGUCUAGAAAAUGUAGUCCUCUACCAAAUUUCCACCAUUAAUGUACAAUACAUUGUAGCUGAGGUGGUUCAGGCGGUUCAGGCCUGGGCUCUCACCCAGUUCCGCACCAGAUCUCGCUCGCGCUCGGCCUCCACGAGCGGCAGCUCUGCCCCGCGUCGACGCAAAGUUGCCGGUUCCUCUUCCCCGGCCCUCAACCCGGCUUCCAUCCCCCUUCCUGCUACAAAAGGCCAGCGGCAGGGCAUGGAGGAUGACCCAUAA